AGCCAGAGGCAGACAUCAGGGUGGAUGGACUGCCACCUUCUGGACAGCUUUUGUGUCAUUCUGCUCUACAGAUGUACUGUAUGUGUUCCUGAUCAAGUUCAACGCUUCCUAGACAUAUCCAUCAUUUCAUUACUGGGUGAUGAUUAAUGACGCUUUCCUUGUGUUUAUGUAUUUAGCGUAAUGAAAUUGAACCUAGGUGUAGGGAUUAAGGGAAAUGCACAAAUAUUUACACAUCUGUAUAAAAGUGAACCACUGUAUAAACACCAAGAGCUUUUUCGAGUGAAUAGAUGUGUAACAAAAGAAAGUUUAAAGAGCAAAAAAGAGAAAUGGCACGGAAAUGUUUAAAAUGGAGAGUUGCGUUUAUGACCUGACUCCCUUGGUGUGAGACACAUGGCUCUUAUUAGACUAGAAGCUCCUAGAAGAUAGCAUUUUGAGAUUAAAUACACACGGUCGUAAACAGCAGCAUUGCAUAAGUGUACAAUAAUUUACAGACCUGUGUACCUUAUAUUUGUGCUUGUUUUUAGUUGUCUUAUGUCAUAAUCAGAGAAAAUGCAUAAAUCCUUGUCAAUGCCAGAGUAGUAAAGAGACUCUGUGUGCACACACUCACAUACCUCUCUCUCUCUCUCUCUCUCUCGCUCUCUCUCUUUAAACUCUUAUAUUUUAUAUUACUUAUAUCUUAUAUAUAUAUUACUCUUAAACUGCUCUUAUCCUGUAGUGGUUUAAGAAGUUGUGCAGAACAUAUACCACCUGAGCCAACUUUACACUUGGCUGCCAAUUGUUGUUGUUGUUGUUUUUUUUUUUAUGUUUAAAGAUCUGCUUAUAUACUUGACAUAAUUGAUAAACAAGUCAAUAUUUUUUUGCCCAGAUUUCUCAGCCUCCUAGGGGAGUUCCAGUUCAUCCCAAAGGUGAUGAGUCAGUGGUGUUGAGGUCAGGGCUCUCGAGUUCUUCCACCUUCUUCCAACCUUCACACACCACGUCUUCAUGGAGCUCGCACUCUUUGUGCACUUUGUGUCGUGCUGGAACAAGUUUUCAGUCUCUUAGUUCUUAGGGAAAUUGUAACUCUACAGAAUACAAAGACCUUCUUUAAAAAUUGUGUGGUUUAAACGGUUUGGGGAAGAACUACAUAUGGAUGUGAUGGUCUGGGGUGCACAUACUUUUGGCCAUUUAGUGUAUUUAAGGAUUUCUUUUUAAUUUUUUGUGAAUGACACUAUUUAUUUGUGGAAGUCGUGUUGUUUAUGUGAAAAUGAUGCAGCAGAACAUCACACCUCCAUACCGUCUCUGUUUACCUGAGGUACAGCUCCAGUGCUAACCUGCUAACAGUGCUCUGUGCUACUGUACUGUGCUGAUUAGGACCGAGGACCAAUCGCUAACCAGAAGCCGCGAGAGCGGAUAUGACGUCACAAAGAGUCCUGCAUCCAUAUGUGGACGACCCAGAGAAGCUGUCAUUCGCAUGUCUUGCUAACAGAAACGCUUUAGCUCGUUCAGAACCCGCGGUGCGUCUGCAGACAUGGACCAGAGGUAGACGGUGAGCCACAAACGUCUAUGAUGUCAUCAGCCAGUGACGCAGCAGUAUCUCCAGGUGGAGGAGGCGGAGCUUCAGUGAUGGAGAUGUCAAACUUCGCCCAUGUGAUCUUCCAGAACGUGGGGAAGAGCUUUCUGCCUCAGGCUGCACUGGAGUGCCACUACACGCUCACACCUUUCAUCACCCCCCACCCCAAAGACUGGGUUGGCAUCUUUAAGGUGGGUUGGAGCAGUGCACGAGACUACUACACGUUCCUGUGGUCUCCCAUGCCUGAGAACUACACAGAAGGUUCCACUGUCCAAAGGGUUCUUGUCUUCCAAGGUUACUACGUUCCCCGCAGCGAUGGGGAAUUUUAUCAGUUCUGCUAUGUCACACACAUGGGUGAAAUCAGAGGAGCCAGCACACCCUUCCAGUUCCGAGCGGCCACCCCGACGGGGGAGGAGCUACUGACCGUGGAGGAUGAUGGGAAUUCAGACAUACUGGUGGUUACAACCAAAACCGGACUACUAGAGCGGCGUGUGGAGGAAGUUCAGCAGGAAUGCAGGGAGUUGCAAAAAGCUGUUUGUCUGCUCACGCAAGAGAGGGACCAACUUAAAGAAGAACAGAGACAACACAAUCAGGAGCGACAGCAAAGGCUGCGUGAGGAGAGAGAGAAAGCUCACGCUGGAGUCAAACAGCUGGAGCAGGACCUGCUGGGAGUCACACAGAAAGCUGUGCUCAAAGAGACCGAGCUGGAUUGUCUGAGAAGCAAGUUACAGAAGGUGACCAUGGAGAGGGAUCAUUUGGAAGUUCAGCUGAAAAACGAGCGAGAUGAAAGAGAGCUGUACAAAUCUCACAUGCGCAGUGCUGAGCUGGAGAACACUAAGUUGAGUGCAGAGCUGCAGAUGCUGAAGGCGGUGGAGCUGAACCGAGAGGUCACCAUCUCACAGUACCAAGAGGAGAUACAUAGACUCCACACAGAACGAAAUGCACACGCUGCAGACACUAAUGUAAUAGAGCAGUUGCGUCAGGUGAAGGAGCAGCUUGAGGCCACGUACCAGCGAGCGGCCAUGCUGGAUUCCGAGCUCCAUGAGGUAUCCGGUGAGCACGAACACACCAAGGCUGAGCUUCAGCGUGUCCGCCAGGAGGCCGAGAUCAUCCGGGCCAGCUUAGCCCAGGCCCAGGAGGAGUGCAGAACCACCCAGAACCAGCUGUAUGAGCUGAGGAGCCAAACAUUACAGAAAACGCUGGUUAAACUGACUCGACAGGAGCGGGCGGAACCGGUCUCGGAGCUAGAGGCUGAACUGCAGAAGGAGGUGGAGGAGCUAAAGCUGAGACUGCAAAUGGCUGCUGAACACUACAAGGAGAAGUACAGAGAGUGCCAGCGGCUGCGCAGACAAGUCACCAAGCUUACACAGAAGCAGGAAACACAGCAGGAGGACUGCAACAGAAACGAUGCCUCUACGGACCCCGCCCAGGAGCCGAACCCGAUGGACGCAGAGUUACCUCCUACAGAAAAGAAGCCCGAGAAUCAGGAGCAUGUUGAGGGAAAGAUGAAGGAAGGAAGGGACGAGGGAGAGGGAGAGAAAACAGAAGGAAGCCAGGAAGAGCAACAGGAGGAAGGGGAGGAGACUAGCGUGUCGGUAGAGGUGGAGCUUGCUCGGAUGGAAGAGAGGUGGAGAGAGCAGUGCGUCAUCAAUGACAACUUAAAACUGCUGCUGGCUGACGAAGAGCAACGGUUUAAAGCACAGUUAGCGGAGAAAGAUCGAGAGGUCUUUUCUUUGAGAGAGAGUCUCGCUGAGGUGACGAAAGAAAAGGGGACGUUAGAAGAGGAGCUGCGGUCACGUGCAGGCCAAGAGGAAGCUGCGUGUGGACAGAGGUCGGAGGUCAGGGAGCCUGUGGUGUUGCGUUAUCCUCUGCCCUACCCUCACGACUCGCCCCCUCUCCCGCUGGUGCCCCAGCAACCUGCCGAGCUGCAGUAUGGAAACCCUUACUGUGAACCACACACACGCGACGGUGCGGACGGGGCGUUGUCCCCGCAGCAAAGUUGCCGCCCCCCUCCGGUAGCCCCUCCUCCAUGGGUGGGUCCAGUGGUGUGCAGUCAGCCUCUGCGCAGUCUCAGUCCUCCUGACGGCCUGGAGAACCCUGCUGAGGAGCGGCCCAACGGAGGUGAUGGUGAAGCUCCUGCAGUCUGCGAUCAUCAAAGUCCGGAAUCCAAUGAGGGCGGCUCUGGCUUUUGCUUUGACGCUCGGACUGACGUUCAUAAACGCUGUCCUCUGUGCGAAGUCAUUUUCCCGCCACACUUUGAGCAGCGCAGUUUCGAGCGCCACGUGGAGUCUCACUGGAGGGAGUGUCCCGUGUGCAGCGAGCAGUUCCCUCUGGACUGCCAGCAGCAGCUCUACGAGAAACACGUUCUCACUCACUUCGACAGCAACGUGCUGAACUUCCACAACUACGACUGAUUCAGCAAAGACGCACAUCCGCAUAAACGGGCAGCGUUGAAGCUUUGUUCCCUUUAGCCUGUGUGCUAACGCCCGCAUGUUUUUACACCGCUAACCCAAUCAGAAUCCUGAGAUUUGCACAUAUACUCUCUCUCGUAAAGACGCAUCCUGUCGCUCGUUCUGUGUCCCGUCUUUUCUGAUCGCGUUAGCCAUUUAAUUUCACUACGCUUAAUUUAUUCCGAAUGCAUUGAGAGCUGCUCUGAGAUUAGUCGCGCUGUAGAACGCUAGCAAAUAGCUUUAUGUGUAUAAACAUAGAAUCUACGAAGAGAUUUUUAUAUAACGAUGCAGGUCAUGUGAAACAUUUCUGCUGCGUAUUUCUGUAACAGCUUUUGUUCUGUAGCCGGUCUCGUGACGUACGCUGCUAUUUCCCAAGGUCCCAGUCGGACCGUUUCGAAGCCGCGUGAAUGCUUGUCCUGGACAGAUUGUAAAACAAGAAAUAAAAUAAAGCUGGUGAUGUC